AUGCAAGCCAAUCACACAAGAUUUUUCACUUCUCACAAAUAUGGGCCACCAUAUCGGUGGUAUGGUGAUCCGUUUAUAUCAAUUUUGCCUAUAGCUCACCGGUCCUGUAAUUUUAAAUUAGCGUGUGCUUUCCUAAGCAUCCAGAGAGAUGUUAUUCUCCAUAUGAGUGUAAAUGUACAAAACAGCAUGACUCAAAUCGCCACAUUAUGUACAUCCUCACAUUUUAACUCCUUAAAAUCUACAUAUUCCAUCUGCCCAAUAGACUAUCGUUUAAAAGGAGAAAAAGGAAGUGUUAUUAAAAUUGUUGUCACAACCCCUCUACCAGAACGGUCUAUUAUUUUAAAUGUUUACUUCACACCAUUUCAAAAGUCCUUUGAGCAGACUAUUGAUGAGGUAGUCACUGAGACCAUGAUCGCCAUCUGGCAUUGUAAACACGUAAGUAGCAUGAACGCAUCUAAUGAAGUUAUUCUAAUCCCCAAUGUCAAUGUGUCAGUUUUAAAAAGUAAGCAGAACAACGUUGGUAAUACUGCUCAGUGUACAGAAGUCAGUGUUGCUGAAUGGCUUCAAACAAGCAACCAGCAUUCCUGA